UUUAUUCCCCGAGGGUAUCACCAGUCCAGUAGUCAGCACUUCUGUGUUGACAUUAGUUAUCAUUGAUAUUUUCUAAAUAUCAAGUACUCCUACAAGAUAAAUGUAACAACAGUAUACAAAGAGUUUUAUUUUAAUAAUACUUUGAAGUGCAGGAUAAAGGAAUAUUGUUAUUUGUUUGAGCAGUUACCAAACCUCCAGUCCAGAGAUGUAAUUAUGUGAUGUCAAUAAACAGUUUAAAAGCCUUAAUGAUAGAGGAAGUUUUUACAAAGACAAGGAAAUAUGAAUAUGCAUUAGCUGAUGCCAUAUAUCAACUGCUUAUUUGUAAAGGACAGAGAGAAGGGAUUCGAGAAUCAGUGACAGUGUAUUCCUUGAUGCUGGGUUGGUCAGGUGGUAUGUAUGUAGUGGAGAAUCGAUCCCCUGACAAAUCUAUACACGUGCAGUGUGACUGUAAAGAGAGUUUAAAUAUUGUAUCAACCAGAGGCAACCUGACAUCUGUAGAUUCUAUACCUCCACUUCAUAGACAAGUUAUAAUGAUUUUAACACAGUUGGAAAGAACAGCACCCUACACUGUAACAAGACGACUUCGCCAUCGGAUGACCUUGACACAGACAGGACUUGGAGACUGGGCACCAGCUGGCGUUAAUCAUGAACCAUUUUUGACAUUGAAUGUAGAAGGUCUUCAUGCACCAAGACCGUUGUAAAGAAAUACUUUGAAUAUGCAAUUACAACACAAACAGUAAAAGAUUCUUAAGAAUCGCUGUACAUCGUUGUCUCAUUAUACCUGUGACAUUAAAAAAAAGAGCCAGUUAAUAAACAGGGCUUCUUUUCUAUUAGUUCAU